CUGUGGCGCUUUAGGCCGUAAGAAAGACCCGCCUAGCUAACGCUGGCUAGCUGGGUAACCGUCAUUGCUGUGGUAGCUGUUCAACCGAUUACACCGGGCGAGCGCAUCCGGUGUGAUGUUAACCACUCAGGGAUGGAAACGGGACCUGAAUACGUAAUACUGGACUGGAGCAAAUUCAGACUGUCAGCUCAUCCUGCCUUUGCCUCCACUGGAUAGUUUAGUGCCUGUGCCUGUUGUAGGCUGUGCAUGUUUGUUCCUCACCAGUGAUUCCUUAUGCUUGAUCGACACUGCACCCUGUGUCUUACAGGAUGGAUGGUGUGGACUUAAAGAGACCUGUGUAUCAACAUCAGCACUUUGUGUUCUGCUGCAGUGUUCAGUCCCUUUCCAUUUGUAAGAGAACACUUCCCAUCUUGCACCUUCAGUCCCCGAACUAUAUUUAUAAAGACAGUUUUUGAGUGAUCAAGAGAGGAGAGCUGUAGAUAGACAUUGUAAUUUGUUUUUUUCUUUUUGAAGGACUGUUAGCUAUUGCUUAGAUAAGCCAAAAUGGCAGACAUGAAAAUAUCUUUAUUUUAAUUUUUCAGUUAUUGUACCUCCUUAACUCUUAGUGUGAGUGGUGGGAUGUCGGAAAAGCCAGACGACAAAAUGGUGAAGUUCCUGGCUCCCCCUCAGAAAAGUGGAAAUGGUCCUAGCUCUGGUUCAGAUUCGAUGAUUGGUGAGGGUCGGCCAGAAGUGAGACGUCGGCAUCACACCAUGGAGCGUGAUCGAUGUAACCCUGAACACCGUUUUUUACGCCGCAGUGUCAUCAGCGAUUCUAAUGCCACAGCUUUGGCCCUUCCUUUACCCAGCAAGAUCCCCAUUGCUACUCCUCAACUGGUUCAGCCACGGGAAGCUGCCCCCCAGCAGCAAAAGACUGCUGCUAAUCAGUUACUGAAGGUUGAAGCAAGUUUACCUGAAAAUGAGAAGUCUGUGGAUAGUGAAAGAGGAGAAGAAGGAAAAGAUAUCGAAAUAGCCAGGGUGGGUGUAGUGCUUUCAGAGCAAGGGCCUGCAAGAGCACGUGAUAUCUGUGAUGGGGAGGUGGUAGUAGCGGCUCACACGGCGCUCAGCUUGGGAACAGAAUUACCAAGUCAAAUUGAACCUGAAAGCGGCACUGAGGUGAAGGCACAUCACGAGGAAGACGGGGAGGAGGCAGAUAAGGAUGCUAAGGCCCGAGCAGAGGCAGAGCAACGAGAAGCUGAGAAAAAAGUGCAAGAAGACAUCGAAGAGGCCGAAACCAAAGCAGUGGGGACAUCACCUGAUGGACGGUUCCUGAAGUUUGACAUAGAAAUUGGACGUGGCUCCUUCAAGACAGUCUACAAGGGCUUGGACACAGAAACCACUGUGGAGGUGGCUUGGUGUGAGCUGCAGGAUCGUAAGCUCUCAAAGUCAGAACGGCAGCGCUUUAAGGAGGAGGCUGGGAUGUUAAAGGGACUACAGCAUCCCAACAUUGUUCGCUUUUAUGACUCCUGGGAAGGACCCUCCAAAGGCAGGAAGUGCAUUGUGUUAGUCACAGAGCUCAUGACUUCUGGCACUCUCAAAACAUAUCUGAAGCGGUUCAAGGUGAUGAAAAUUAAAGUGCUGCGGAGCUGGUGCCGACAAAUCCUGAAGGGCCUCCACUUCCUUCACACUCGAGCUCCUCCAAUCAUCCAUAGAGACCUUAAAUGUGACAACAUUUUCAUCACAGGCCCCACAGGGUCUGUCAAGAUUGGAGACCUGGGACUGGCCACACUCAAGCGUGCAUCCUUUGCCAAGAGUGUUAUAGGUACCCCUGAGUUCAUGGCGCCUGAGAUGUAUGAGGAGAAGUACGACGAGUCAGUGGAUGUGUAUGCCUUUGGAAUGUGCAUGCUGGAGAUGGCCACCUCAGAGUACCCUUACUCAGAGUGCCAGAAUGCUGCACAGAUCUACCGCAGAGUUACCAGCGGGGUGAAGCCAGGCAGCUUCGACAAGGUGGCCAUUCCUGAAGUGAAGGAGAUCAUCGAGGGAUGCAUUCGUCAGAACAAGGAUGAGAGGUACUCGAUCAAGGACCUAUUGAACCAUGCCUUCUUCCAGGAGGAUACAGGCGUGCGUGUGGAGCUGGCAGAAGAGGAUGAUGGAGAGAUGCAAGCUAUUAAGCUGUGGUUGAGAAUUGAGGAUGUUAAAAAACUCAAGGGAAAGUACAAAGACAAUGAAGCCAUUGAGUUUUCUUUUGACCUCAUCAAAGAUGUUCCAGAGGAUGUGGCUCAGGAAAUGGUUGAGUCGGGCUAUGUGUGUGAAGGUGACCACAAGACCAUUGCGAAGGCCAUAAAGGACAGAGUUUCUCUAAUCAAUCACAAGAGGGCACAGCGGAAGCAGGUCAGAGAAGAUCAGGAGAAGAGAAGGCUGGAAGAAGAACAGCAGUCACAGCCCCCACAGCAACCAGGCCAACAGUCUGGCGUGGAGGUGCCUCAGUCACAGCCGGUGCCACAGCAUGUAUCUUAUGUCCCUCCACAACCUAACCAACACAGCUCACAGAUGUCUGCCCAACCAGCAACUCAACAGAGUGUUCAGACCACUAACUACAACACUUCCCAAUCACAGGGAGUCCCUUAUGUUCCCCAGUCAACUGGGCAAAUCCCAGUACCAGAACAGAGUGUAGCUGCCAUUCAGCCAGAGUCCGAGGAGCCUGAGAGUGACCAACAGCUGCAGCACACUGGAGCUUGGGACAUGGGAGACAGACUAGCAGGUUCCUCCGUUAUUCCUGAGGCUCAGCCUUCUCAGCCUGGGGUAUCCUACAGCUCUCCUACCAGUCAGAUGCAGAGUGAUCAAACGCAGCAGCAGCUGGCAGUGGGUGUUCAGCCGGAAGUUGUUCCUGUUCCAAAUGCCAACCAGGCUGUCCCAGUGACACCUGCACAGUACGGAGUUUACUACCAACCAUCGCUACCCCCUCAGAUUCCCUCCCAGCAAGUGGCAAUGGCCCCAUCUUCCCAGUCUUCUGUUCCCCAGCAGCAGCCAGAGAGCACCAGUUCUCCACAGAGUUCUGCACAAUCACAGGCACAGACUGGAGCUCAGCAUUUACAGUCUUGGGCCAAUGAUCCAAGUACUCCUAUCCUGUCUCCACCACUCAACGCUGAGCACCUAUACUUCCUCUAUCAGGCCUCAUGUCUCUCUGUUGUGCAGGGUCCUGUGAGUGUUCCUCAGUCCAUACCAGUGGAGCAGCCAGCGGGAUCUGUUUCCCUAAUACCACCAUCUGUGGAUAGUUGCCCGUCAGAUGCAGCUUCAGGUCUUAGUGAUGGUAAUGAUGGAAGUUCUACAUCGGGAGGCCGCCAUGAGGGCCGCUCGCUGAAGCGGCACCAGCGGCGAUCUGUACGCAGCCGCUCUCGCCAUGAGAAGACUGCAAAGGCCAAGCUAAAUGUUCUUAGUAUUUCCAAUGUGGGAGACAGAGUAGCAGAGUGCCAGUUGGAAACUCACAACAGGAAGAUGGUGACCUUCAGAUUUGAUCUUGAUGGAGAUAACCCAGAGGAGAUUGCCCAGAUUAUGGUUCAAAGUGAGUUCAUUUUGGAGACUGAAAGAGAAUCAUUCAUUGAGCAGGUCCGUGAAGUCAUAGAAAAGGCUGAUGAGAAAGGAGAGGGCAUGAAGGAAGGCUUUCCUCAGAUGAGUGACCUUCAACAACAGCCUGAUUUGUCAGUUCCCAUGGUACCAGGUAUUUCUCCUAGCACUACAGCUCAGGUGGUGCAUUCAGCAGGACGAAGGUUCAUUGUCAGCCCAGUGCCAGAGUCUCGACUUAGAGAGCAGUUCUUUGGAGGAUCUUCUACUAAUACCUCUGUUGGAGAAGAGCCUGCCACAGCUCCUUUGGCAUCAUUGGGCCUUUCUCUCUCUGCUCCAUCAGCAACUCUCCAGCAGGCUUUCAGUGAAAUGAAGCAGGCCUGUCUACAGAAGGGCAAAACAUUUGAUAUCCCUUGUACUGAGCAAGAAUCAGGCACUGCCCAAUCCACUGAGUCUGUCCCAAGCUCUAACAAUAUCCUGACAUCUCCAGAGUCUGUAGCUUCAACCACUACUGCCACAUUUCCUUCUCUGAAAUCUGAAACAUCUUCACCACCUCCGUUAGCUGGGAGGGUUUCCCCUCCACCAGCAUCACUUCCGUCCCAAACUGUAGGGAGUGACUCCAGUCCACCACCACCACAGUCCUCCCAUGAAACGGCCCCCUCACAGUUUCCACCAGCUGCUAACAACCCUCCCUCAUCUUCCUCCAUUUCUCCUCAGUCUGCACAGCCCUCUGUCCCUGCAGUACCUGGAUCUCAGUUAAGCAGUACUUCGAUCUCAUCCAACAGUACUGGAACUGUUCCAGAGCAGCAGCCUUUUAAUAGUGCUGUUACAUCUUCUCAGCCAGUGAAUUCAUCCAGCCAUGCAUCACAGAAUACAACCCAGCCCCCACCUCCCACCAGUCAAAGCCAAGUCCAACAGCAGCCAGUGGAGUCAGAAGGGGCUGAGAUCCAGACCAAGUCCACUGGCAUAGAUGACAUCCACACCCUUGAACAGAAGCUACGGUCCCUUUUUAAAGACCAGAGCUCUGCCUCCUCAGCAUCAGUGGAUCCCAGUCAGAAUGCAGGGACCUCCUCUCCUCCCACUGGAACUUCUUCCCCUCCACCUGGACUUGCACCUGCCACUGCCCCUGUGCCCCCUUCUAAUCUUCCCCUCACCUCUGGGGCACAGAGUGUUCUGGGCCCCACAUCCACUCCAGGACAGGUUGUAACAGUGACUGGACAUGCCCAAACCCCUCCUACUAAGCCCAGAGCACAGACUUUGCCUGGGGCUUUUGACCAAGCUCCUACACCUCCAUCAGACCUUGUGCCCCCAUUUCCUGGACCAAAUCAGCCACAGCAACCCCUGGAUAAUUUGGAAGCCCAGUUGAGGAGAGCUCUAAGUCCAGAGACAGUUCAGGGAGGAAACAGUGUCACUCUUGGACGUUUCCAAGUCUCUGUUGCUACUGACUAUGCAUCCAGCAGUGUUCAAGAUCCAUCCAGCGUUGUUUCCUCUUCUUCCCUGACAUCAUCCUCGACGACAUCCUCCUCCUCCUCUUCUGCCUCCUCCCCCUCCAGUCCAGAAAAUACCCUCCACCGGUCAUCUCCUCUGCCUGAAGGAAUCAGUGAAGUUAAUGCUGUGGAUGGGAGGUCUUCUGUUUCUGCUGGUCCUGCCAGUCAGCCCACCACUAUCGGGCGCUUCCAAGUAUCCACAAGCACCAGUGCAACAUCUGAGCCAGCCACUGGCUCUAAAGUGGGACGGUUUUCAGUCACAGUGACCCCUGCUCCAGCAGAAGGCUCCAGUCCAACACAUGACUGCAGUAUGCAGAAUGGACCAUCAUCCUCAACCUCUGAUUCUCAUAUCACACAUCGCCAUUAUAGUAGCGGGAAUGAUGAUGACUCUGAGACUGAUGAUGAAGCUUUGCAAAAAGAAAUCAGCCGUCUGAGGGAAAAACAUAUGACGGAAAUUCAGGCCUUGCAAGCUCGUCAGAGAGAGGAGAUAGAGGCCUUGUUCACACGGAUGGGAAAAACUCCUCCUCUUUCUGUGUUCUCCCCCGCUGUGGCCAUGCCCGGAGGACGACGAAGGCUAAAAAACAAAAGCCACAAAUCUGGUCGCAGUAGCGGACAGCCCAGCCCUGUACGCUCAGGUCAGAGCCAUGGUUCACAGUCCCCUCCAAAGCAAAGUUCAGCCUCAGCAACAGAGACCUCAGAAACUGCAGCAGAGGCAUUUCAGUCAGUAACCGGGUCACAACAGCUCAUGUCCUCUCCAUCCAUGCCAAGCCUCAGCAAUUGCUCCACAGGAUCAAGUGGGACCAGCUCUACAAAUGGUUCAGGCCACUUGCAGGCUGAGUGUACUUCCCUGUCCCAGGCCACUGGGCUCCCUCCUACUGCCUCUCACACCCAGAAGGGCAAAGGCACCUUCACUGAUGACCUGCACCAACUGGUGGAUAACUGGGCCAGAGAUGCCAUCAGCCUCUCCCAGUGCAAGAGAGGUCCUAAAACUGGAGCACAGGCAGCUCUGGGACAUGAUAUCAUCCCUCCAGCCAACAUGGGCCGUAAAUUUUCAGCUCCAGGCUAUCUUGGCCCAACACAUUCCAGCACCACAUCUACCACUGCCACUCACCUCCCCAACCCAACCAAUCCCUCUGCCUCUUUGGGCCCUCGUAAAGGCUCUCUGGGUCCGGUUGCCCAGGGGUAUGGAUAUGCUUCAGCCCCGUACAGUACUUCCCAGUGGGCAGGACCCACAGCUACAUGCCAGAUCAGCAUGCUUAACCCGGGACAGCCGCUAACACAGUACCAGCCAUCUACAACAACCUCAGUAACCUCUCUCCACCAAAGUUACCCAGUGGGAACUACAUCAGCCCCCCAGAAAUCAGUCACCCCUGGAGGGUCCAACCUGAGGCCUACGUAAUCCAGUCUGGUCCAGGCUGAGAUGGAAGGCCACGCAGGGCAGAGGGACCAGUCGUUGCUUGAGAUCCACAGACUCUUUGUGGUUUGCUGGCUAGCUGGCUUGGUAUUGAGCAUUUUAUUUCAACUUUUAUCAUAACGUAUUAUUUCUGUAAUAACUGACCUGUGUGGUUCAAGUCCUCUCAGGCAGAACAAAGUCUGUCUGGCAAUUGGAGGGAGAGUGCAAUACACACACACAGCACAAAAGUCUCACACUUAUCCUGCCAUUAGCUGUGGAAACGAGCUGUGACGAGGUGGUUGGUUGUGUCCGACAUAUCGGCCCAAAGGCACAGCAGCCAAAGAUGUUGCUGGAGAAUCAGACCUUUUGAAGGGGAAACGUUAGUGAGGGAUUGUGGUUCAUAUCCUUAUUUGUCUGGACUUUGCACUGAGCUGGGACUGAAGAUGGUUCCAGUAGUGCACACAGCAUAUACAUUGAACUGGUUGGGAUGACUUUGGAGGGCAGGUUAAGUUGUCUUAGAGAAUGAAGGGAGAAUGUGAGUGUAGAGAAAAGUGGGACAUCAGAGUGGGAUAUUAGUUUGUCCCAGAUGGAUAAGCAAUGUGAAUGGUAGAGUUAGGAGAAGAAAGACUUGGAAGGUUAGGAGCAUGAUAAAUGGUUGCAGUGUGAAUACAUCCCAGUAAAAUGCAAUAAUAGCAGAGUAGACAAACUGCCCCUUGUAACUGUGGCCUUAAUCUAAAAUACAUUUAAACAUUGGCUUUGUACAUAGACAUUUCUUCACUGGGUUAUGAUUCUAUGUAAAACACGUUUAUGUCUCUGUGAAAGUCUGGUGUCAUUGUGUCUAUCAUACAAAUUUCUUAUAUUGAGUUUAUUCAAGCAAGUGGAUCUGCUAGAUAAACACAGUCCUGAUGUUGACCACCAUUCAGAGAACUGAAGAGGUGAUGCUGCUGUAGAUCACAAUCUGAGUAUUGGGUGAUCUUUGUGGGCUGUUCUUUUUUUUUUUUGUUGUUGUUUUGUUUUUGUUUUGUCCCCCCCCCAUCCCCCAAAGGGACACAUUAAACCACUAAACUUAGUGCUUAGCUGUGAGAUAUGUGCAGUUCAGAAUCUGUUUAUAUCAUACAAAGUAAAAAGUUUUGCUAGGAUAGUAUUUGAGGGUUUCACUCUCUGAGGGGAGCAAGACCACUUCUUCACCCUUUUAUUUUCUACUCAGAUGGUACACAGUACAUAUAUAAACAGGUUCUUACUAAAGUCAUACAUCCCAAAAAAUAUUUCUACCCAUAACAUCUAGCUGUGGCCUCUGAAAUCACAAGUGUCUGGGGUUCUCUCUUUCUGUGGUCUGUUUUUGUAUGCGUAUAUUUAAUAAACAACAAUGUUCUUUAUGGACCUGUAUUCAGCCAUCAGAUUUUGAUGUUGUUUCACUGUAAUUAUUAUUAAAGGUUGUUAAACAACAUGUAGUUAAAGGAAUAUAAAAAAAAAAAGUGCAAUUGCAGGGUUGUUAUUGGUAUCCUUCACCGUGCAGGAAUAAUCCUGCAGAUUAUUAAGCUUGUCUCUUUAUGACUGCCCUGCCCCCCCCCCCCCCCCUUUUUUUUUGUAAUCUUAUUGUAUAUAUUAUAUGAGGUAAAUGCUUUCACAUUUUGCUCUCACUAGCAUAUGCUUGUUGUGACCCAUUCUAAAUGCACAUGCACUCUAACCUGUAAACAUGAGGAACACUUUUGUGCCUUGCAUCCUCACUAAUGACAAGUUCCAGAUCCAUCCAGUCCUGUAGCUCUGACUGUACUGCAGAAAACCAGUUUACGAAACCAGUAUACAGUUUAAUCACCACCUGACAGCCAGGUCAGAGCAUGCAACACCGAGGCAGGCGCCACACGCGGGACAAAGAGCACACUGAGUAAAGUGGACAGUUUUCUUUUCUCUCUGCAGUUACCUUUGUGUAUCAGUUGUGUAUUUAUAUUUGGGACACGUGUGCACGGAUUUGGCCGACAUUUGUUUUUGUGGGUUUAUCAUUAAACCGUUUCAUGGAGGCACUUGUUAAGGCACCGAGUGAGCUGUGCAAAGGUUUCAAAGCUGUUGCGCUGACGCCACCUGUCUCACCACCUCACACUAGUGCCAUGCUGUCAUUGUGACUCUUCGCCUGCUUGUAGAUUGAAUGAAUAGUUGAACUUCUCUAGAGAAAAAAAAGUUACUGCAAUGCAGAAUAUGCAAUGUUUUGUAGGGAAUGAGGGGUAUUGGACACAUUUGCAUGCUGAUGAGGGUUGUUACAGACUUCAAUGUUUUUGAUAUUGGAUUAUUAGUUUGUUUUUGUUUUGUUUUUUGCCUUCCUUUUGAGUGUUGAUCUGCUCAAUUGCUAUUCAUUAAUAUCACAGGCACAACUUCAGUAUGAGACUAUCAGUGUAUGAGUUCUGCAUGCCGGCUUUACUGGUGUGCAAUCUUACAAAUGGCAGCCAUCCCACCACUGUACAGCACAAGCUCCCCACAAGAGGUUAAGAUCCAUAUGCUACUUUCCUAUAUCAGUAAUUAUCAUAAAUCUUUCACAGUACUGUUUGAGGCUACUGAUAACGCAGUUAUACUCUUAUUUCUGAUCCCUCCUUACUGACUUCCUGUGAUCCAGUGUCUGUUUUGUGUAUGUUUUUCACAUUGUACAAAACUUAAAAAUAAAAAAUAAAUCGGGUAAAAGGCAUGAUUAUGGGUAUAUUUGUCAAAAGUUAGAUCUAGGUCAUACGAUUUUAGUUAAGUAGAGGCUUGAAUUUUUCCUUAAAUCAAGUUUUAUUUAAAAUGUUUAGUCCUAAUUCAGUCAAAACAAGGCCACACUAAAGGAUGAUUAAGGGAUUAUCUAUCACAAGUCUCAUCAAUUCCUUUGAUUCAUCUAAAAUGUCACCUUU